CUGUAGGCCUCGAGGGCUCAGCCAGACUUGCUAAUAUCUCACUCUUGCACUUGCCUGAUGCCAUUUUUGCAGCAUGUUCAUCAUGGGAUGAAAAACAGGCUGGAAGCCUUGCCUUCAAGAGAACCUGCGGCUUAAGCGGUGGAAUUGACUCUCUUCGCCUGCCCCCUCCGAAGUCGGGGCACUGAUCCAGCCAGCCCCAAAGUGCCUGCUGCUCUCCUGGGCGGGCCAUUCAAGGGGGAGGAAUUCAAGGGGGACUGUGGGAGGCCUUGACGAGGAGCAGCAGUGGAGCUGUGCAAGAUGGCCGCCCUGGGCCCCCAGCUUGAGGUGCUGACUGGAGUGCAAGAUGUGCAGCCCAAUAUUAAAACCGAAGAGCUAGACACCCUGGUGGUUGAACCCGAGGCAGGAGCAAAGGGAUCGGACAAGGCUCCUCACGUCCUCCAGGCUGGAAGCAUUCGGGAAUUUCUGCACAGGGCCUCAGGAAAGCAGUUCACACAGAUCCCCGGAGAGGGACUUCUCCAGCAGUGGGAAACCCAGUGGCAGGAGUUCCUGAGGACACUGGAGUCCCCCUGCUCAGGAUGGGGGGCCCCGCCGGUGCCGGUGGAGCCUGCCCCGUGGGACGACGCCAAGGCCUUCCUGGCCUCCUUCGAGCAGGUGGCCGAGGCCUGCCGGUGGCCCAAGGAGGAGUGGGUGGCCCGGCUCCUGCCGGCUGUUAGUGGGGUCGCCAAGGAGGCCUUCAAUAGCCUUGACAGCCAGGACAGAGAGGAUUAUGGGAAAGUGAAGGCGGCCAUUUUGCGAGGGGACUCUUUCAACCGGGAGAAGAGGCGCCAGCAGUUCCGGCACUUCAGCUACCAGCAGGCCGAGGGGCCCAGGGGCGUUCACAGCCAGCUCCAGGAGCUUUGCCACCAGUGGCUGAAGGUCGAGCGGCACUCCAAGGAGCAGAUCCUGGAAACGCUGAUCCUGGAGCAGUUCCUGACCGUCCUGCCGGAGGAAAUGCAGACCUGGGUGCGGGAGGGCGGCCCGGAGACCUGCGCCCAGGCGGUGGCCCUGGCCGAAGAUUUCCUCCUGAGGCAGCCAGAGGCGGAGGAGAUGGAGCAACAAGUGCCUGAGGAGGCAGACGUGAAUCUGCGUGAGGCAGCGGAGGAGACCUGCCAGGUUCCAGAGCCCUCAGAAGCAUCCGAAGAAGAAAGUUGGAAGAUGUGUAGUACAAACGAUGUCCGCGUCCUGCUGGAUUCAAGGCUAAACGAUGCUGCGAGAGAGGAUAAAAAUAACAAUAAUCAAGAUGUGGCUGCUUCACCCACAGAACCAAAGAGGGCAUCACCGCCCAGAAUGGAACAAGAUGUCUCCCAGUGUUGCAAGCAAGGAGAAGCUUCUGGAACUCCUAACAGGCCAGAGAGAGAGGCGAAGAAGAGUCCAAAGAGAGCAGUCAGCAAGAAGCUGAAUAAAACCCAGCCAGAGGUCCAGAAGGGUAAACAGGAGGCUAGGACCCCUCCGGGUGGGAAAAACUUCAAGCUGAAACCACCCCUUGUUUCUUCACCGAGCGUCCGGGCUGGAGGGCGACCCUAUAAAUGCAGUGAUUGUGGAAAGAGCUUCUGCAGGCGCUCAUACCUUUUUCAGCACCACCGGAUCCACACCGGGGAGAAACCUUACAAAUGUUCCUACUGUGAGAAGAGCUUCAGGGAGCAUUCCCACCUCACCAAGCACGAACGGCUGCACACGGGUGAGAAGCCAUACAAAUGCGGGGACUGCGGCAAGAGUUUCCGCCAGUCUUCCAACCUGCGGAAGCACCUGAAGAUGCACAUUGGAGCCCCCAUCUACAAAUGCUCGGACUGCGGGAAAAACUUCAGCCAGCGCUCCAAGUUCUGCCAGCACCGUAAAGUCCACAUGAGAGGGAAGAGCUACUCCUGCUCACGGUGCGGAGAGAGCUUUGACCAGGUCUCGCUUCUCUAUGAGCAUCAGCGGACUCAUGUCCCGGAGCAGGCCUACAAGUGUCCCGUGUGCGAGAAGACCUUCGCUCACCGUUCGAGCUUCCUGAAGCACAAAAUGACCCACACGGGGGAGAAGCCCUACAAAUGCCCCACCUGCGGCAAGAGCUUCAGCCAGUCCUCUAACCUCCAUAAGCAUCAAAAAAUCCACACGGGGGAGAAACCGUACAAGUGCCUGACCUGUGGGAAGUCCUUCACACAGAGCUCCCAUCUCAGUCUCCAUCAGAACACCCACAAGGGCUUCAAGUCGUACAAGUGCUUGGAUUGUGGGGACAGCUUCACGGAUCGGUCGCACCUGAUGAAACACAAACUGAGCCAUGCCGGAACAAAGGUGGCCACAUCGGCCUGAGGUUCUGUGUACUCUCAGAAGGCUUUUUAAAAGGAUUCGAUCUUACGUCUUCCUUCUGCUGUGAACUCGUUCAGAAGCCCCGACCUCUCCCUUAGAUUCCCCCAUCUGCAAUAUAUAGGAUGCUAAGACUGACCUACCUCACAGGUAGGUUGUGAGAACUGCAGAAACAGAAUGUCCGUGAGAUGCCUCUGGCAAGGGUCUUUUGCACAAAGAUUUAGACCAUUCUGAUCAUUAUAGGAAGAAAAUGUGUCAUAGGAAUAAAAGGGGGUGGCGGUGGGGACAGAUUGCCAUAUACCCUUCUGUUAAGAUGCUUUUGAUUGUUUUAAUUGGAUGAAUUAGAUAGGAAUUUUAGAUGAAUGAAUUUUUGAUGAGUUUUUUUUUUGUUUUUCCAAGUCUUGUGCACCUUCGAGACUGAUAUAUUUAUUAUGGCAGGAGCUCAAAGAAUUAUGAACCUUGCAAGUCUGUAAAGUAAACAGAGGAACCAUCGCAAGGCAGUGCUGGUGGCAACAUCCUGUGACUGCCGCACUAACGAGCGCCUGUUGUAGAAGGAAAACCAUUGUGUUGAUUCAGGCCACAGCAGAUGAAAGUGAAUUUCCAAUCAAUUGCAAUGCUGGGGUUUUAUGCUGGAGUCUCCCUUUGAAGCUUUUGUAUUCCAAAAUGUCCAUUUGGAAGUCAGCAACAGUAUUAUUCUCGGAGGCUGAAAUGUUCUUCCCCUUGAAAUGUUGUAGGAAAUAGUUUCCAAAGGACCCUUAUGAGCAGAAAGAAUGGGUGGCCAUCCAAAUCUGCUUCAGGGCCUAAAUUUGCUGCUCAGAUCGGUAACGAAUAGGAAGCUCUUCUUCCAGGGGACAAAAUGAGUCAAUGGCUCAACACACGAUCUCUAGGUGCUGUAAGGAAAAAUUGCCAUAUUGCCAAUGGUCCCCAUACGACUUCAGGAAUAUGGCCUCCAUCAACCAGGCCAGACCAACCUGCAAAGAGGAAAGGAGUUCUUCUUGCCAAGCUUUAACUUUUUGAUUCCAAAAGCUCUGUCAUGUUUAUUAUUCUAAUCAGUUAAUUUAAACCAGUGAAUCAGUUCUAAAGCUAUUUUAGGGCACAUCAUCAUCUGGGAAGCCAUAGGAUUUUUUACAGCCCCAGCUCCAAAUUCCAGUAACCUUAUUGCUAGGAUCCAAAGGACAAGAUUCUGCCUCAUCUCGGCUGGUGCAGAAGGACCAAGAUGGCUGCCUUCCUGAGAAUGCAACUGGGUUUGGAGAGGUGGAUGAGGGACGUGAGUGACAAAGAAGGGAAGGGAUUGGAACUGAGGAUUUAUGCCAAGUCCUGUCGGUAUCCACCCUCCUUUCUCCCCAGCAAUACAUCUGGCCAUCUAGAAAAAAAGACGUGAAGUGCAGGAGUGGCAAAAAUCGACAUCACGGCAUUUCUUACUGGGUGUAGGAUGCUUGUAGGCUUAGGUACCUCGGGGGGGGGGGGUGUGGAGGG